ACCCUGUGCCGCUGCUGCGCUGCUCCAACCAAACUGACGACGACUUCUUGGCCGAAGCGGGAGAGGGAUCGAGGACGGGCGCAAGAUGUGCGGAGCGUCGCGAGCUCCGCCAACGCUUCCUCAGGGAGACUUCCUCGAGUUUAAAUCCUCAACACAAAAUAACAACAUUGACAGACUUCUGCAAUAAACAUGUCAAAAUACUCAAGAUAUUUGAGAAGGCUAAAUGCGCGUAGGAAUAUAUAGAUUUUUGUGUCCAGUGAGAAAUCCAAGUUACUGCCUGCCAACACAAUAGCAUACCCACGCACAGUUUCCAACUGACAUAAUGAAUGCUGCGAUAAUAGUUUAAAAGUUAAUGCAAGUGGUGCUGUCUAAAUAUAUUCUAUAAACAACUAUGUUAUUUAACUUAUCAAAAUACUCUAUGAACUGUAAAAUUGAACAAAAGUAUUUUAACGCUUGUAUUUUCGUGUAAUUUGAAAAAUGAAAGAAAAACUGCAACUACUUUUUGAUUGCUAAAAAAUCUAAAGUAUACUUGAUGAUUAGUAAUUAAAUUACUGUGGAUUUAGUGUCGAAGAUAAAUGCAUAACUUAACACAAACUUAAUUCUUGGUAAUAAUAAAGCAAUGGUUUCAAUGAUGAAAUGAUGAAAAUUUCUGAAAAUGUAUUUAAAUUAAUGAAGAACUGGCUAAAGACAUUUGUGAAUUCAAGUGUGACAGACAUAAUUUGAUAGUGCAUACAAGAUGAAUAUGAAAAAUCCGAAAUAUUUUUCUAAUCAAGUGGCUUUAAUAUGUCAGGAGGAAGAAAUACUGCGAUUUCAUCGUUAUUCUAUGGAUGACAGAGGACAAAUCUGAUAACCCUAAGUUCUAAGGGUUAAUAGAUAUGGACAACAAUAGUAUUGGUGUAGUGCAAGUAUUCGUAGGCGAAUGGAGCGCCGAAUACGAAGCACUUUCUAUUAGAGCUACAAAGCAAACAUCUUCCGCAGAAAUAGUAGAAUGUAUUAUAGAAAGACUAAGUCUUGUCGAUGGUAAUGUUUCUAAUGGAUAUGAAUUGGCAGAAGUUAUUGGUAACUCUGUUGGGCAGGAGUGCAAGGAGCGCCGGCUGGGACCAUCUGAGUGUCCUGUUGCACUUAUGCUUCUCUGGCCAAAGAAGAAUGCUUCUCAACAAGAAUAUUACAAGUUCUACCUAAGAAAAAAGCAGCCUGAUUACUUAUGGUCCGACAGUAGGUUUCCAAUGGAUCCCCAGCUCCUUAAGGACUACUUCAAUCGCUUCCUUUACCAACCACGCGAUAAAGAGUAUCCGGAUCUCUGCCAACUUCCAGACCUCAACGAGCAAACUCUCUUGGACAAUCUGCGAGCACGGUUUCUUGCCGGCAACAUUUACACCUAUGUCGGCAGUAUCCUGAUCGCCUUAAAUCCGUUUAAGUUCUACCCCAUAUACAAUCCGAAGUACGUAAAGCUGUAUCAGAAUCGACGACUCGGACCGGACAUACCACCGCAUAUAUUUGCGAUAGCCGAUGCGGCCUAUCAUUGUAUGCUCAAAGAGAAGAAGAAUCAGUGCAUAGUGAUAAGCGGCGAAAGCGGGUCGGGCAAGACUGAGUCUACGAAUUUCUUGCUGCAUCACCUGACGGCGCUUAGCCAAAAGGGCUCGCAUGGUAGUGGCGUUGAACAGACUAUAUUAAGUGCUGGACCUGUGCUCGAGGCCUUCGGUAAUGCCAAAACUGCACAUAAUAAUAAUAGCAGUAGAUUUGGAAAGUUUAUUCAAGUAAACUACAAAGAAAAUGGAAUGGUGCAUGGAGCCGUGGUACAGAAGUAUCUUCUUGAAAAAUCGAGAAUCGUCUCACAAGGAAGAAACGAACGAAAUUAUCACGUCUUUUACUAUCUACUGGCUGGCGCAAACGAGCAGGAAAAACAAGUUCUACAUCUCAGAAACUAUGAGUGGUACAAUUAUUUGAAUAAAAGCGGAUGCUACGGACUGGAAAACAUCGACGAGCGACACGAAUUUUCGCGAUUGAAACAAUCCAUGGAGAUGGUUGGUUUCACUCCAGAAAAACAGAGGCGAUUGUUUGCAGUUCUGUCAGCUGUGCUGUUACUUGGUAAUGUGGAGUUCCAACCGAGGAAAUCAUAUCACCAUCACGAUGAAGCAGUGGGCGUAAAGAAUCCUGAAGUAGUUGCACUUAUAUCCGAACUCCUUAGAGUAAAACAAGAUACCCUCCAGGCAGCUCUGACAGCCAAACGGGCAAGAGCUUCGGGAGAAACUUUAGUUAUAAAUUAUAGGCUUCCUGAAGCGAUAGCAGCUAGAGAUGCUAUGGCUAAAUGCUUGUAUGGUGCUCUUUUUGAUUGGAUAGUUUUACAAGUCAAUCACGCACUUCUAUCCAAAAAAGAUACAUUGAGAGAUCAUCAGGGUAACAGCAUAGGUGUAUUAGAUAUUUUUGGGUUUGAAGACUUUAAAACCUGUAAUAGCUUCGAGCAACUCUGUAUUAAUUAUGCCAACGAACAAUUGCAACAUUACUUUAAUCAACACGUCUUUCAAUAUGAGCAACGAGAAUAUAGAAAACAAGGAAUUAGAUGGACAGACAUUGGCUACAGUGACAAUUCUGGUUGCUUGAAUCUGAUAGAAGGCAAGCCUAAUGGUUUACUUUGUCUUUUAGAUGAUCAGUGCAAUUUCCCUGGUGCUACAAAUGAAACGCUUCUACAAAAAUUUAAUUCGGUUCAUAAGGAUAAUCCGUUUUACGAAGCUCCACAACGAAGAGAAGGUACUUUUGUCGUUCGUCACUAUGCUGGAGCUGUCAAAUAUCAAGCUGCAAACAUGAGGGAGAAGAAUUUGGAUCUUAUGAGACCGGAUGGUGUUGUCGGCGUUCUGAAAAACUCUUCGCUUGCUUUUGUUCGAGAAUUGGUUGGUGCCGAUCCAGUGGCAGUUUUUCGAUGGGCUAUACUUCGAGCUUUCUUUCGCGCUCACUUCGCCUUUCAAGAAGCUGGACGAGCUCAUAGACAUGGCCGAGCUGACGGGAACAAGGCAUCUGUACAAAAUAGAUAUAGAACUCCUAAUGAAAAUGUAAUCAGUUCGCACAAACAAAGCCGCCCAGGCUACCAGAAGCAGCAGCGCAGCGUGUGCCAGUCCGCUGCGGCUGCGGCGAGCUGUGCUGCCGGCGGUGUCCUUACACAAAACAGCGACAGCCUUAACAACAACAACAAUCAUCACCACCACCACCAUCACCAUCAUCACCACCACCAUCAAAACCACCAUCACCACAACAACAACAACAACAACAAUCGGCUGUCGUGGCCGCAGUUUCGAAACGUUAAUCAGGCGGGCGCCGUGGCAGGGGGCAAAGGCGGCGGCGGUGGUUCGGUCAGGGGGCCCUCCGCCAGAGAUCACGAACAGCAGCAACAGGGCCCCGCUGCCGCCAGAUAUAGACAGAGCAAGCUCGACUCGAGAGCGCUGCCCAAAGACGAAGCGAGCGUCAUGGAGCGUGCCAAUCAGAUUGUCAUGAAGAACAAAUCAUUCCGGCCACGGGAGCGAGGCAAGAAGGGCCUGAAGAACCUGCAGACGGUCAAGACUUUGGCGGGCAGGACGCAAAGCUACGGCACAGGACCAGGAAAGGCGCGCAAACAACCCAUGACAGUCUCGGCUCAGUUCCAGCAGAGUUUGCACAGUCUCAUGGACACUCUCAACCAGGCCAACCCUUUCUUCAUCAGGUGUAUCAAGAGCAACGGUAACAAAGUACCAAACGAGUUCGACGAAGAGACCGUCCAGCGACAGCUGAGAUAUACUGGUAUGCUGGAAACAGUGCGAAUCCGCCAGGCCGGGUUCAACGUGCGUUUGACCUACGAGGAGUUCAUUCAACUCUACCGUAUGCUGCUACCGAAGGGCCUGCUCAGCACACAGACCGAUGUGCGUGACUUUCUUCUGACUUUGAACCUCAACCGCGACAAUUAUCAGCUGGGCACGACCAAGGUCUUCCUGCGCGAAUCCGAGAAGAUCAAGCUUGACAUCGAGCUGCACCAGCAGAUCAUUACGAGCAUCACGACGAUACAAAAGUGGUUCAGGGCCUGUCUCGAGCGAAGAAAAUUCCUCCGACUCAAGAAUGCCGCGGUACUCAUACAGUCCUUCUGGCGGAUGGUCAUUGCCCAGCGGUUGGCCAGGGCAAUGAGGACGAGGAUCGAUGCAGCCAUCCACAUACAGUCGGCCUGGAGAACUUACAAGCAGCGCAAGUGGUUCAAGAAAUUCAGGCUCUGUUGCAUAAGGUUUCAGGCGUGCGUCCGAGGCAAUAAUGUCAGAAGGGCGUUCACCGAGAUGCGUAAGAAGAAGAGGGGUUUGGCCGUGAAGGAACAGCGAGAAUCAUUUGGGCACGAGUCUAAUUCCGCAACGCCUGCUGAAAGUAAUUUGCCAUCACAACGACUGGAUUAUAGCAUUCGGACUACUCCUUUAAGAACCGACAACAGUGCCCAUUACGAAACGACUCACGAUACAAUCUCUAUCUCGAAGCGCAAGAUUAUCGUUAAUAAGCGCAUUUCAAACGAGACUUCACCGUCAACGAAGGAAACGUAUCCCUACCCCGAUACCAACAACACCAGUGCAACAGAUCAGCACCAUCGUAAGGGCAGUCUUGAGAGUCUUGCUAGCUUACAGAGUUCCGAGUCCCAAGUUUCGGUCGAGUCGUCCGAGUCGCAUCAUUCUCACGACAACAAACCGAUCCCGAGCACUCGUAUCCGUCGCUCUGGAGGCAUCUCUAGCAGUAGCAUCGAACACCAGACGAGUAUGCAAACAUCCACCACAACAACGACGAGUCGCUUAUCGACUUCGAGCCGACGUACAGACAGUUCUUCGACCGGUUUUAGCGAUGGAGAGACAGACGUAGAGACGCCUAGUGCAUUGCACAGUGCCCCGCCAGUCUUUAAUGCCAGUGUGUCCUCUUUCCCUAGUCCUCGCGAUAUCAAAUACCACCAGACGAGCGUUAACCUUACGCACAGUCCAAACUCUGAAGUCUGGCGCAAGAUGCCUGAUUAUAAUGAUCCCGAAUAUCCGCUGCAAAUACCGCAAAAGCCCACCAUCACGAGGUCACAAAAUGUUAGCCAGCACAGAAAUCUCAGUGAAACUUUAAUGGAGCAAGAGAGGUUGAGCAGGUUAGAAAGAUUGAAUAAGUCGGCGACGAUGGUUACGACGACUACGAGCACUGUAAAAAUCGAUAGCCCAGUAAGGAGAGAACAGAGACGACUCAGCGAAAACGAAGGAACUGUUAUAGGUUCACCGAUUACAAAACGGGAAUUAGUGUAUCCAAAAGACCCGAAAGAUUAUAGCUAUUUGAGAAGACAGAAUUCUGAGGGAGAUGCAACGCUUGGCGAUAACAUAAAUUUUGCUCUCGUUGCCAAAAAUAACCCAGUGGUACAGAAAGAGAAAUCCGAGCCUAAUGUACCGGUACGAAGUGCUCGACGCAACAGACCUUCUCGAGAACUUCAAUGUCGUUCGAUGGGUGAAUCCGUGAAUGAGGUAACAACGGAGGCUCGUAAUCUAAGCACCAUCAAAGAAAGUGAUAAGACCUCAAACGUAUGGUCACGCAAGGAGGAGACUAAACAUGCAAUCGAAACAACCACUCGCUCCGUUCCCGAUUGGCCUGUAAAUAAGAAGGAUUCGCAUUUUAAGCCGCAGCCCAUUGGCCUUAAACGUGGUCGUUCUAAUGCCAUUUCCACCAUGGAACUGCGGCGCAGAAACUCAGAUCCUGCAACUAAAGUUUCGGGGCUAAGCGAAGAUAAGGGUAACGCAGAGACAAGUCCAAACGAUCUAAAACCAGCGCCUGGAAUGAAUUUGUUGGAAUGGAAGGGCAAUCUUUUCAUAUUAGCAGGUCAUCAGUUUAGAAAGAUCGCUAGGUUUAACAAAGAUGACAUAUGUGUCUGUUGUCAUGAAAAGAUGGAUGCUUUUGUCACACAGGGUUAUAAGUGUAUUGAUUGCAAGCAGCCUUUUCAUGUAAAGUGUAUUCAGAAUGGUGGAGUUUUGAAGAUGCCUUGUAUACCAGCGAACACGCCAAAUCGGCGAAAUAAGAGAAAGCCACCCAGGACGCCAUACGACCAAGUAAAACAAGCCGUUGUCUCUAAGUUUAGUCUGACAGGAACCUCAGCUUUUUCCGAUAGUACGGACAAAAUUAUUUCGGAUGCGAAAGAAUUGGCUCUGAUGCAGGACUUCAUUACAAAGAAGAUCUACAUCAUGGACGGACAGGAUGAGGGCAAGAAGCCACCUAGUGAAGUUGAUCGAGUAUUCAAGCAGGCACUAAGGAAGUUCAAGGAUGAUCUAGUGAUCACGUAUAGCGUUGCUAUACAGCAGGGUAUUGAGGGUAACAUCAAGUACACAGAUCUGAUAGCGAAUUUUUUGCAUGUAAUGGAGACUGUCUGCAAACAGGAAAAUCUAAAAGAAGAUUUUCCACUGACAAUGGGAGUCAACGCAUUUAGAGGUUUUAUGAACGAGUUCAUGGCAUUAGCAAAGACCGAAGCAAUGGAGAAGCAGAGCAAAAGCAAGCGGAAAAAGGAAAAAAAGGAAAAACGAAAACAGGAGGAACCUAUCAAGCACGGAAACCACAUGUUCCAGUUGACUAUUAUAAAUAUUCCAACAGCCUGCGAAGUUUGUACAUCCUUCUUCAUGUGGCCCAUUGAGCGGGGACUUAUUUGUCAAAAUUGCAAAUUGACUUGCCACAAAAAGUGCUAUACGCGUGCGUCAGCAGAGUGUGGUAAAGAUGGUGUGCCACACGACGCCAACUCACGCAAGGUCUUUGGCGUGCCGCUUUACAAGCUGGAUUGCGGUGACGGUAAAGUGCCACUUGUAGUCGACAGGCUGAUCACUACGAUCGAAAUGCAUGGCCUAUAUACUGAGGGCAUUUAUCGCAAGAGUGGUGUUAGUUCUAAAGUCAAGGAACUUAAAACGAAAAUGGACGAAGGUGAUUUGGAGAAAGUUGAUUUCGAGAACUAUCAGGUUCAUGUUUUGGCGGCUGUGCUGAAGAGCUUUUUCAGAGAUAUGCCUGAACCGCUUCUUACUUUCGAAUAUUAUGACGAUUUCUUACAUGCAGCAAGUUUGACGGAACCUCAAGACCGCAUCAGCACGCUGUUUGCCAUUCUAAAAAAGCUGCCCAAGCCAAACUUUGACCUCAUGGAACGAUUGAUCGUACAUUUGGCGCGUGUCGCCCUACACGAGGUCGACAAUCGCAUGUCACCAUCGGCUCUUGCUAUAGUCUUUGCACCCUGCAUCUUGCGCACUAAUCGAAGCCUACCUGCUCAGGACUCGUUGCAGGACGUUGGUAGACAAACGAAGUGUGUGGAAACGAUUGUUCAUGAAAAGCUGCGCAUCGUAAAAACAACUCUGGCUGAUAUAAACACUCUCGACUCCGCUUGUCACUCAGCGACACAUCGCCUUUCCAGUCUUAGAUCUUCGAAAAUCUUUAGUCCCGAGGAGUUGAGCACGACUUUGUCGAGCGUUGUAGCCGGUCGAGGGGUUAACAAUUCGGUCACAGAUCCAGAACGGGACAGAGAAGACGAAGAAGAGGCUCUUGUGGGACACAUACAAGAGAUUCAAAAAGAAAAGGCAUUGCUGACGUCGACUCUGCCAAGUCUUACUAGAGCGUCUUCUGAUGAUGAUUUAUUACUUUCGGCGACGGAUCUUGAUGAUGGCUCGCUCGAUGAUCUUCUACCAUCUGCUGAUGGACUUGUCCGAAAGAAGCCAAUCCAACGACAGAGUUCAGCGGACAGUAGCUUUCCAACGAUUAUCAAUGUCGAUGAAGAUAUGGUGAUGGUAUGAUCAAUGGUGAACGUUCAGAAAACGUCUUCCUGUUGAAUGAGAGCCAAUGCAUCAUUCGAUCAGCUAUUCGAUUAACGCAAAUAGCUUUUCGUCCAAUUCCUGGGAUUAAUCUUCUUCCAUCGUACAAUGUUCAUAGUUAAGUAUGUAAAAUGUAAAUUUGGUCAAAUCGUCUUUAGUCACCGGAAGUCGAAAAUUUCGAAAGCGCAACAAGAGGAGACAGAUAGAUAUCUAUAUUUACAUGUAAACAUAGCAUCUGAGCGUACGACCUUUUUUCAAACCUAAUCUUCCUAGAAUGCAUUCCUCGUUGAAGACUGUCAUUCUUACGUGAGCGGCCCACCGCAAAUAAGUUUAAAAAAGAAAAGCCUUUCAUCGGUGUGUCGCUUCGCCUACGUUUUUUCCAAUUUUAGAGAUCCGCCUUAAAAUGAAAUAAAAAAAAACACUCACUACGACUCUUACAACAUAAUUAUGUAAAAACUUUUCUCUCAAGAGGAAAAUUAUAAAAAGAAUGGAAACGGAAUAAUGAUACAGGAUCUACAAAAAUGCGCCUAGAAUCGAUAGAUUGCGUGUUAGUGUGCAAGAAUGACUGUGCGUAAUAAUAAAUACUGCGAACCAUGUUAGGUGUCCUGUUCUAUUUUUUUAAAUAAAAAUCUUUUUUUUUUAUUUCGCGUAGGCAUUUUUUCACUCUAGUUUCUUUUAUGUAAAAAAGAGGGAUAAGUAGGUUGAGUUGUAAUGAGACAGUAAACUCAAAGCGUAAACAAAGGUUCAUAAAGAGGUAGACGAUAAACCAAAAUAUUUAGCGUGUACAUAAUUAAUCUGUUACUAUAUAUUGUUGCGGUUUUUUGCGAAUGACGUUACCAAGAUUUAUAUUUCUACUAUUGAUUUAUCGUCAAUUAAGGACUAACCUAAUUACGAAGCAAUCGUAUAGUUCUGUGAAUCAAUUUUUAGCGCGCUAUUUACCCAAUAUAUCUUCCAUUAAUCGUUCCCCUUAUGUAAAAAGCAACCCUUGCGCGCGUCAGCGUUUUGUAUAUUUAUUAUAUACGUUUUUUUAAGUAUACCGUAUAAUAUGUAGACGUAAGAAAGACUUAUUCGCAAGGCGCAGAACUGAUUGAUUUUUUUAAAAUCAUAAUAUCAAAAACUUCCAUGCGUUCUAAAUACCUUGGCAUGAAAUUAUUACUAAGAAUUGGGUUUUAGAACAUGAAAUAAGAAUAAGUAAGAUGGUUUUUUAUACAGCUAUAUUUAUUAGUGUUUAUGUUUUGUAAAAUUAUGUUUAUAUUGUUUAUAGAAGUUGAAACGAUAAUACAUCAUUCAGUUGAUCAAUUAUGUUGUUCUUAAAUAAUGUUCCACUAAUAUGAAUAUUGGCUUUAAUUUUAAUUUAAUAUAAUUAUAAAUUUUAUGAAAUUUCAGUUUAGUUUUCCAAAUCUAUAGCAUACAAUUUUAAAUCUAAUAUAACUUAUGAAAUUUUACAAAAUACAUUUUUCACGGCACAAGUUAGAAAAAAGUUUAUGAAAAAACACGAUUUAUUUUUCUUGUUCCAAGUUUUUAUUCCCAUUCCUUAUUUUUUUCCGUCAAGGUAACAUUGUCGAUUUCCAAUUUUUUUAUUUGAUUGGAAUUCGUUUUUUUACUAGAUUAUAAAUUUAUCAUUUAACAUACUUUUUUAUCAUGUAUUUAUAUUGCAUUUUUGUCUUCGGUCUAAUCAACACUGAUGGUGGACUAGUACAAUACGCAUAAACUGAAAAAAAUCAACUUAAUUGUUGCAUGAAUAUUUUGUUAAGUAAUCGUUUGUUCGAAAUUAUUAUAUUAUUAGAAUUCUUUGCGUAAGCAACGAUCAAUCAUCACUGUAUAGAAAGGUCCCUUCAUUUGGUUAUACCGUAAGAAUUGGUUAAUUAAUCAAUAAAUUAAAACAUUUUAAAGAUUAAUCAUGUUGCGAUAAAAAAACGUUCCUGUUUUAAGCAUUUUGGGUGACGACGGACAUUAGUUGAACGACACAGUUACAAUUUUUAAUUGAUAUAUACUUCAUCGUGUAUAAUGUAUAAAGUUUAAUGUCAAUGUUUUUAGUCGUUUCGACAAGUUUUGCUUGGUGAUAGAACAAAUCUAAUAUUGGCGCUUUUUUAACGCUUUAUGAUCUUCCUGUAAUUCCUUAAGAAGAUCAGAUGUAUACAUUAAAAAAUAUAUAUUAAAUAGUUUUAAAUGGGCGUGUAUGAUUGCAUGCGAUUAAUCUUAACAACUUUUAAGGAUCUGAUCAGUUUUUUCCCCGAACAUAUAAAAAUUUUGUUAUACUUUUUCUUUCUAUGGAGUUAUAGUAACCAUGACAUCUAAGAUCCUAAAAGCGAUUACAACUAAGAAGAUAAGCGAAUAAAAAUAGAUAAAAAAAUAAAAUCUUGCAAAUGACGCUCCCAAGUCUCUUGUCUGUACAAAAUCUGUAAAAAAGAUAAAAAAUGUGUAAUUUUUUAAAUAAAUAUGUCGAUAUUUUAGUUCGAUCAAUUCUUCAACGAUAGACUUGGAGUUUACGUGUUUGCAAGGUCACGCUUUUUUAAACAUAAAUGUACUUGAGGGAUAAAAUACCAGGUUUUUUAUGAUCAAAUAAGCGAUUGAUCCGUUGCUAACUCAGACUUUAGAUAUGUUCGUCGUCGUUCUGUAAUUGUGCGCAUGCGAAAAAUAAAAGAAGAAAUGUAGGUAUAUACACCCAGAAAAACUCGGCAUUUGCUGAAAAAAAAAAAAUGACAAAUGGGACUGAGUUAUUGUAAAAUGGCGGAAGAUAUAUGUAUAUUCUUAGCGAAUAUUAUUUUUUAUUCAAAAUUUUAUCCUACUGUUUUUGAUUUAGAUAAAUCGAAUGUGAAUUUUAGGCAUUCUAAAUAAAACAUGAGGCCCUUUCACUUGCUAUCGUUUUUACAACGAUUCUGUAAAAAGAAAAAUGCGUGAAUUAAAAAAUGUUGUAAAACAAAAGCAAAUACGAUCGACGGACUGCACAAUGUGCGGGGCGAACUUUUAAAGCAACAAAUAAUCUGUAUAUUUUUUUAAAGUUAUGUGAUAAAUAUAUGCGUAUUAUAAAUAAAAUAUACACGAGUCUUGAUUUUUCGGCAGUUUUCAAUCAUUCAGUCUAAGAUUCAACACAUACGCUUUAACUUAUCUAGAAACAUACAUGUGUAAGAAAACUUAAAUUGCGCAGAAGUUGAAAAUAUUGUAUUUUUGUUCAUGACAAACCGAAAAUAAAAAAUUCAGUAGCCAAUCCCUUUAAUGGUAUUGCAAUGUUGUUGGAUACUGCGCAAGUCAAUAUUUUCUUAACGUAAACAUUUUCUAAUAGAUUAAUGUUUAAAAAAACUUCUACGAUUUUUAAAGUGCGGUGUGUCUCUCUGCGUUGUUACGGACAAAAGAGAAACUUUUAUGACAAUAUUAGAUGCAUGAAUCUCGUUAUCGAUGACGAUUCAGAUUUUGAUAUUUUUACGGCAAAAUUUCUGCAUUUGAACUGUUUGUUACUCAUAUUUAUAUUUUCUUGUUUUAUACGGUUAUAGGCAAGUUUAUGCCACAAAGCUGAUGAAUCUCUUAUGAUCACUUCUGAAUCGGUAUCGGUAAUUGUAUUUGUUUUUCAAUCUGGAGAAUAUGCAACUCUAUGUAUAAACCUUAGUUCAAAAAUUUUAUUUGGGUUAUAACGGUCAAUAAAGUCACUCAACAGCUUGUUACUUUUUCUGAGGUAGACCGAUAUACUAAAGGAACUUUGCAAUAACAUUUCAAUCGCAUAAUAAGUAGAAAAUACGAAACCUGAUUUGUUGUAUUAUUGUUCGAAUAAUAAUUGUUCUCUCUCCGAACUAGAUAAUUUUAUUAAGUAUCAAUUAUAAUUUAACAUUUAUAGUGAAUUCGUCUACAAUGUUCUGCAUAAAACAUAGAAGUUCUGUAUAAAGUGCAUACUUAACGCAGAAACCUCAUUGGAAAACAAGUGCUUAACGAGAGAAAAGUCGCAGGCCACACGCGAGGAAGGAAAUUCGAUUUUAUUGCAGAAAAGAUAUGUAAAAUACGGUGAAAUGGUCUAACUGUUAUUUUUGGUAAAUAGUUUCUUUCGUGCUAAACAAAUUUUUUUCAUCACGUGUUCAAAAUUAUUUUGCUUUAUAAACGAUAAAUUAUUUCCCAUAGCUUUUUUUGACGAUAACCCAUAUACUCUUCUAACGAAAACAAUAAAAUGCUGUGAAUAAUCGACAUAAUACUUAUAUACUUAAUUAUUUUCUAAGAAUCAAUGCGUACAAAAUAUUUUUAUGAAAGAGACUGCAUCAUACCGUACAAAUAACAUAUUUUGAAUUUUUCACUUAUUUCAAUCAACGAUUAUUCUAAACAAAUAUUACGUUGCUAACGAAAGGUAUAUGAAUAUCAAAUUCGUUUGAUAAACAUGUGUCGUAACAUCAUCUGAAUGUCUAUUAACUUUAAAUUGUAAAGCAUAAAGCAAUUUCCCAUCAGAAAUAAUGAUAGACUUAAAGAUCGAAUUCCCUGGCUUAGAGACAGAGCGAACAAAUGCAACUGCAUAAAAAAUGAACAGUAAUUAAUGAUACGAUACUUAUAUGAUGUUCCCAUCUGUGUCUUGGCAUAAGUAUAUAAAGUCUACACACACACACGCGCGCACUUCACACACACACACACAUACAUAUAUAUAUAUAUAAACACAUUAAACAUAUAUAAGAUAUAUCCUUGUUAUUUUUCUUCGAAACGAAAAGCAACUGAUCUAGUGAGUUUGAUGAAAUACCUACUGGAGCUUGAGCGAGAGAAUGUCAAAUUAUUGAGAAAAGAAUCCAUGCCCGAAUUAAUUAAGAGGAAAAGGUGAUAAAUUUUCUUGGUUAUAGUAGUGAAAAAAACUAAAUUAACCUUCCAUUUCAACUAUAUUAUUACUUAACUAGUAGUCAGUACUGCUACGGUGCGCGCUUUUAUUUAAUUAAGAUAACAUGAAUAUUCGUAGAAACGUAUAAAAAGCUUAUAAAAAAAUGAAGUAAACGUAGGAGAGAUCAAUGCGCGAAUGUAAGCGUUUAUCAUACACAUUAUACAGAUACAAAGAAACGAACUCUCCGAUUGUGUAAAAUUCGAUAUUUUUAUGUGUACGUACAUGUGCAUCGGAGCAAUCUAGCUUUUUUCGAAGCUCCUCGAGUCGUUCUUAUUUAGCGGUUUAGCGGUAAGUUUGCCUGGUAUCCUCGAUUUUUUACUUCUUACCAUGUCGCAAUGGAUAAAUAUGUAUACUAUUAUUGAUACUACAACUAUUAUUGUAACUAUAUACAUACAUAAUUAUUUUUUAACGGAAUUCGCUGCGAUUUGUACAAUGUCAUGAGCGUAUCGUUCUCUUCCACUGUAAUUCUUUCACGUUUUUUUUUAUUUUCAGAAGUUUAUGAGAAUAAUAAUAGUAGAAGAAUAGGACGAAACAACUAGUGUAUGCUUUUUCAAUGAUGAGGACAUUUUCAUACUAUUUUAAAGGUUGCGUGAUUGAUCUGAAUUGACUAAACUUUAUUUGAAGAAAAAAAUCACAAAACACAGCCUGACAAUGAGACGAGCGUAAGAGUGCGCGUAUACGAGUGUGAAUAAAUGAGCGUAAAUGUUCUAUCGCGAUUGACUGUAAUUUUAUAUAAUAUUUGUAAGGCAAGAAAAGAAAUCUUAUGUACAGCAUACCAGAUGUUAAAUAAUAAGUAUCUACCUUAUACCUAUGAA